GGAGGGGGGGCGAGUGUGCGUGUGGGCGCAGCAGCAGCAGAAUCGUCCGCAAUGGAAGCAGUUAAGGGCAUCACAGAGACGGUGGCUGUCGACCUGGGGGACCUGCUGGACGCCGGGGACGACGCCAUGGUGAUGCUCGAGGCAGGUGAGACUCGGCUGGUGGUGCACAGGGCCGUCCUGGCGGACAGGAGCCCUGUGUUCGCGGCGAUGUUCGCCCACGACACCCUCGAGGCCUGCACUGGCGUGGUGAGGAUUGCCGACAUCGGGGGCCCGGUGCUGAGGCAGCUGGUCUCCUACCUGUACACCCAGCGGGCCCCCCAGCUGCCCGGCACGGCCCCCCCGCUGCUGGCUGCAGCAGAUAAGUACGGGGCGUCGGGGCUGAAGGCGGAGUGCGAGCGGCAGGUGGCCGCUCAGCUGACCGUGGAGACCGCGGCGGCCGCGGCCGUCCUCGCAGUCCGCCACUCCUGCAGUGACCUCAGGCGAGCCGCCAUCGAAUUUAUUAAGGCACGUACCCACGAGGUGAUGGCCACGCAGGGGUGGGCAGAUGCGAUGCGGAAGCAGCCGGAAGACUUGAUCGAAGUGAGCCGGUUGCUGUACGAUCCACCACCACAAACCAGUGCACCAGUCGUUACAGAGCUGAGGACCACCACUACCACCAGCACCACAACCACAACCAGAACCGCCACCACCACCACCACCACCACCACCACCGCUGCCACCGCCACCUCUGCCAGCGCACCUCGCCAGACACCUGCUGCUGCGCGGCUCACGACUCCUCCACCUGAUGAGGCCACUGUCUCUCGAAUGCGUUUCAGGGAUCCAUCGAGGCCUCUGGGAUCCAGAACGGCGAGGGACGUGCAGUGGCGCCUGUAGAUAGCGUAAUUGGUGAAGUUGAAGAGUCAGCAGGAGUUGUGAGCAUGCUCCAGUGACGGGUAUGUCAUAGGUGGGAUUACGUACAGUAUUUUAGAGUUACGGGUGGAGUACUUGAGCCUCUCUGUAUCUCAAUGAGUCGUACCCUGGUAUUAACAAUGGGCCCAUAGGUUAAGUCACUAUUCUUUACAAUAAGGAUUAAUUAUAAAGUCUCUCAGCAGAGUAUAAGAAUUUUGUGUUGUAUUAGUGUAACAGUUCUAUUCAUGUAAAUAUUCGCCUCUAUUAAUUUGUUUUAUGGAAUGUACAAAAUACGAUCUUUACAAAUUCUGAAUGCUGUUUUAGUAAAAAGUUUUGAGGAGGCAGUCUUUAUAAAAGGUCUUAAGUAUUGUGUAGGUACUGCGAACAGCGAGUGACUGCUGGACGAGAACUGACGCUACACGGUGGUCGGUGCGGAGUAAAUGGAGGCCGAGCGGCUGGGAGACGCCUGAGCGAGGCGGCUGUCAGCCACGCCCCGCCCCGCCCCUCCGCGACGGCUCAGAGGCGAGUGCCGCCCACCUGCUGAGCGAGGCGGCGGCCCACCUGGCCGACAGCCUCCGGUCAGCUGAAGGCGGACACAACCCCGGGAUCCCACCGGGACGGGCGACCCCGUUGGCGGCUGGCCGAG